GAGAGCGAGAGAGAGAGAAAGAAAGCGAGUGAGCGAGAGAGGGGGAAAUACAAAAAAAAAGGAACAAGAGACAUCCUGAAGAGAGCUUUUCCCCCAAACCCAAACUGACUGGAUCUGGAUUUUGUGCAUGUGUGUGUCCGCUAGUGUGGGUCUUUUUUUUUUUUUUUCCCCUCUCUCAUGACUGUGCUCUGCUUUGCUGGCAUGGUGUGAAGAAGCAUGCAUGUGCUCCGAUGACUCCACCACAGGGACAGCUUCUCAGACCACCAGUUUACCCCUUGGUCACCUUCAAAACACGUCAAUGAGGACAAGCACCUGCCUCCCACCAGGAACAUGAAGGGCUUAUCCAGCAGCCGCACCCAUCACCAGAUCCCCUUGCCUCACCCGUGCGGCCUGGUGGAGUGUGAACACCCGCAUGACCUGCAUGGCAUGCACAUGACCGACCCCCGCCACACCUACCUGCUCAGCCCCACAGAGAGCUGUGCCAUGGACUACCGCCACCGCUACUCGCCACGCAGCUCCAUCCAUUCCGACUGCAUGAUGAUGCCCCCUGGGGUACUGCCCCCUGUUGGACCUGCUGACCACGUCUCCAGCAGCACCUUUCCCAGAAUGCACUACAGCUCCCAGUAUUACGACUCAGCCACACGAGAUGACUGUGCCACCAUCACCACCUCCGCCACUUCAGCUGCCGCCGUCGCCGCCGCCGCCUCCUCGGCUUCCCACCACGCUGGCAGCAAGAGUAACCGCAUCCCUGCCAACCUCCUGGACCAGUUUGAGAAACAGCUGCCUCUGCACCGUGAUGGCUUCCAUACGCUGCAGUACCAGCGCGCAUCAGCGGUGGCCGCCAGCGAGCACAGAAGUGAAAGCCCUGGUCGGAUCCGGAACCUGGUGCACUCUGUGCAGAGGCUCUUUACCAAAUCGCAUUCGCUUGAGGGCUCGUCUAAGAUGAAUGGCACCAAGGGUGAUAGCGGCGGUCAGCAGCACCACUACCACGGCGGGCACCAUUCCUCCAAGCAUGGCAGCAGACGCAGCAAGAGCAAGGAACGCAAGCACCGCUCGGGUGGCUGGUGGAGCUCCGAUGACAACCUGGACAGUGACAGCACCCACCGCACGGCCAGCGUCUUGGGCCGGCAUCAUGCGGAGCAUUUGGGACACUGCUUCCCCGAUGUGGCGCAUGCACACUUCGGCGAGCUCUCGCUCAAAACCUCCAAGAGCAACAAUGACGUUAAGUGUUUAGCCUGCGAGAGUCUGGCCAUGGCACCCGAUGGAAAGUUCAUGAAGAGAAGCUCAUGGUCGACACUCACCGUCAGUCAGGCCAAAGAGGCAUACCGCAAGUCCUCUCUUAACCUGGACAAGUCCACAAUGCAUCAGGAUUUGAAACCAUCGCUACGCACCAGUCAUUAUCUUCAGGUUCCUCAGGACGAGUGGGGGGGAUACCCGGGCGGGGACAGGGACGAGGAGAUACCAUGCCGCAGGAUGCGUAGCAGCAGCUAUGUGAAAGCCAUGGCAGACGAGGAGAGUGGCGACUCCGACACCAGCCCCAAAACAUCACCUCACAAGACCAUCCGGCCUGACGCCCUUGUCCUCAAGUCCAUCAUGCAAAGACCUCAUAUAGACAGCCAAAGCCAAGGCUACCACUUGCAAACGGCGAGAGAUAUGCGUCCACACCCCAGUGUGUCCCUGGACCCAGCGGCCACCUACAACCCUCCCCAGUUCCGCUCCCGCAACCAGAGCUACAUGCGUGCAGUCAGCACCCUCAGUCAGGCAAGCUGCUUGAGCCAGGUGAGUGAGACUGAGGUCAAUGGCCAGUUUGAGUCAGUUUGCGAGUCCGUUUUUAGCGAAGUAGAAUCCCAGGCCAUGGAGGCCUUGGACCUGCCUGGCACUUUCCGCACUCGAAGCCACAGUUACCUGCGUGCAAUUCAGGCUGGGUAUUCCCAAGAUGAUGACUGCUUGCCUUCAAUGACAUCCUCCACUGUCACUUCAACUCUCAGAUCCACAACAGAAACGGCAGUGACAUACACCCCUGGCUACAAGAAGACACCCCCUCCAGUACCACCCCGCAGCACCACCAAGCCACUGAUCUCUGUGACGGCACAGAGCAGCACUGAGUCUACGCAGGACGCCUACCACGAGGGCCGUCUGCCCCGUGGUGGCCUCUGGACCACUGACAGCCUGGGACGGGCCAUCUAUGACUCCACUGACAGUUUGGACAGUGCUAAGGCAGUGACGCUGGCCAUGGAGGGAAGGCGGCUGGCGACAGCGGGCAGCCACACAUCUGUGCAGACCUGCGACAAGGCCAUACUUGUGUCCAAAGCGGAGGAAUACCUCAAGAGCCCACGCUCCUCCAUUGGAAUACAGGUGGAAGCAGCCACAGACUCUGAGAUGGAGAGCAAAGGCCUGCCGCAGUACCACUCAGUGGGGGUCCAAGUGGAGGACGAGAAGAGGCAUGGCCGCUUCAGGCGCUCCAACAGUGUGACCACAGCAGUGCAGGCGGACAUGGAACUGGAGGGCUUCCCCUCAAUGGAGGACAAAGGCCUGCAGUUCGGUGGCUUCCAGCGGCACUCUGAGCCCAGCACGCCCACACAGUACAGUGCCGUGCGCACCGUGCGCACGCAAGGUCUCUUCAGCUACCGGGAGGAGCACAGGCCACCAAGCGGGCCGCCCAGCCCGCAGCCCGAGCCCUGGCUGGCCGAGCCAUCGCUAGAAGUGGGCGAAGGAGGUCGCGCAUCGCCCAUGCGCAGAGAUGGAGCCUGGUACAUGCAGCUGCUCCAUAAUGAGAGUAAGCGCAUGGAGGGCUGGUGCAAGGAGAUGGAGCGGGAGGCAGAGGAGCAUGACCUGUCCGAAGAGAUUUUGGGUAAGAUCCGAAGUGCUGUGGGCAGCGCACAACUUCUCAUGUCUCAGAAAUUCCAGCAGUUUUACUGGCUAUGUCAGCAAAAUCUGGACCCCAGUGCCAUGCCCAGACCCACGUCACAGGACUUGGCUGGGUUCUGGGACCUCCUGCAGCUCUCCAUCGAUGACGUCACUGCCAAGUUUGACGAGCUGCAGCAGAUCAAGAGUAAUGAUUGGAGGCCUGUGGAGCAACCCGAGGAGCAGGAGGAGAGGAAGUGGCCUCCUCCCAUCCCAAAGAGGCCCCCAAAAGGCCGGGGGGCAUUAAUGCGGGAACGCUCUUUGGAUCUGCAGGACCGGCAGAGGCAAGAGGCUCGCCGAAGGCUCAUGGCCGCCAAACGAGCUGCAUCGUUCCGGCAGAGCUCUGCUACAGAGCGGGCGGACAGUAUAGAGAUCUACAUCCCAGAAGCCCAGACCCGCCUAUGAAACCCAACUCGCUCAUCCUGCUACUUCAUCCCGUCAGCAUGUGUGUGGGGCUACUAGAGACCUCACUCACCACAGUCUCGCCGUCAGUUUUGCUAGUCAUAUUUACAUCCCUCUGCACAUACACAUGAGUGCCGUCCCAUCACUGCCACCUCUGUGGUGGCGUCAAAGGUAGCCCCUCAUUAUUCUGGGUGAGAUUUGGUUGUCCACUAAAACCAACGAAAACAAACAAACAAAACAACACUAUUGGAAACAGGAUGUGGACUGUGUAUGACAUGACUAGAUGCCAGUAGAGAUCAGCUUGC